CAUGUUCAGCGACGACACAUAAUGAAGAACAGUUACGGAUGGUUACGAAGCGUCCUAUCACACGUAGAGUUUCUUGACAACGAACGAAUCAGAAAUAUCGGUGAAUAUUAGGACGCAUUUGCCACAUAAUUCCCGUAUUGCGCAGUGAAUAGAAUGCAAGCGUACGGUAUUCAGAAAUUUCUCGAUAAAAGAUGCAGAGCGGUGGUUAGCUAGUGUUGCAUUGUUAAGCCUUCUCUAUAGUGUUAUUACAUGAGUAUGCGUACACAAGGAAAUAGUGCAGUGCACUGAGGAGCGCGAUUAAAAUCGUGUUCGUCGUCGAAUCAUCGAAUCGUGGUAUAGUGUUUGUGGAGUGUCGUACGAAGGUCGUGAACUUUCGUAAGAUUGUUCGAGAAGCUUGCGUACGGAAGCACACGUUACGAAAAGGUUAAAAGGAAAGGUGGACGAUUCUCCGUGAAAAGCCUCGGUUAAAAUGGCGGUGAUCGGUACUCCGAUUGGCGCUAAGCGAUAGAAGAGGAUCGCGCUCUAUUCACGCUCGCCAAGUUUUGUUUUGAUCUCGUUCGAUAGUUAGCCUCACGGGAACCGGUCGAUUCUCGUUCCCUCAAAUUCGUUCGGGUUUUAUUUUUUUUUUCCUCCCUCCCCAUUUAGUACCGUGUGAAAUUCUAAUAAGCGUCUUGCUGGCGAAAUAUAUCAAAUCGAAUCGAAGACGAUUAAGGUGGUAAGAACCACCGACGGAACGGUUUCCGACGGCCGUGAUGCCGCAUCGUUCCGACCUCGAAUUUAUCGAAAGGCCGUACGACGAGGACGACUUUAUCAAAUCCUUGUCGGCUUAUCUAUAGAUUUUAAAUUUACAAAGGAAUCCUUAACCUGCCAAAAUGAAAAUUGAUAGAAAUAAAUUGAGGAAGUACACUUCUGUACCCCCCGCGGAAUGCCAGGCUCUUAUAAGCAAGUUGCGCUCUUGCUCCCACGCAGAGCUGCUGGAAGAGCUGAAACAAAUAGAUGCUUGGACUUUUGGUAAAUGCGAAUUGUUUCAUUGGAUCGAUGUGUUAGAUCUAAGCGAUAGUAUUUUGGAGGAAGCCGCAACAAAAAGUCCAGACAAUCCAUGGGAGCUAGCCUGCGAUCUCCCUCAGAAUAGAGAGGCGAAAGAGCUUCUUCUAUGGGUUCUCCAUCUUACAACAUUGGUCAUUGAGCAUUCGUACUCUCGGCAUUUGUACAACAGUAUGGAGCAUCUUGUAACAUUGUUAUCAAGCUGCGACAUGCACGUUGUACUUGGCGUACUAAACAUCCUCUAUAUGUUUAGUAAACGUAGCAAUUUCAUUGCACGUUUGAACAAUGACAAAAGGCAAGCGCUGUUAAGUAGACUCAAUCUUCUUGCGGAGAGUUGGGGUGGUAAGGAGAACGGAUUUGGUUUAGCUGAAUGUUGUAAAGAAUAUCCGGACAAACCGCUUCCGGCGAGUGCCACGACGCUGCAUUUCGAAUUUUAUGCGGAAAAUCCAACGACAGAUGCGUCGAAUACCACUUCGAGUAGCGGUACUAAGAAAUCUGGGCAAACGAAUCUCGUAACGUGCAUACACAUAGAGAACGUAGACAAACUUGGUAAAACACCGGCACAGAUAAUGAAUGAUUUAUUAAAAGUCUAUAACGUACCCCAAGAUCGACAGAUCGCGCUGUUCACACACAUAAGGCUGGCGCACAGCUUUUCUGAUUACCGUAGACGCUUGCAGUGUGUACACGCCCGGUUGCAAGCAUUAUCGGUACUUGUAUAUAAUAGCGAACUGGAGGAGAAUGCACGUUGUUUACUGCAUCCUGGAUUAUUAGAAGAGUUAGUUGAAUUGUUGGAACUUCCACACGCACAUCUCGUUGAAAUUCGUGCAGCAGCACUGCGAACUCUUACUAGUAUUAUACAUUUAGAUCGUAACCCACAUUUUCCAAAAAAACCUGGCUCGAGGUUAAACAUGAUCAUAGACGUCACUGGAGCUAGCUCCUAUCACGGAUUUCUUCCUGUAUUAAUUCGCACUUGCAUUACGUCGUUAAUUUCACCGCAAUCCGAUGGUCAACCUUUUCCUUUGUCUCUCGUAACAGCGUUAUUCAGCUUUCUUUAUCAUCUAGCAAGUUACGAAGCCGGAGGCGAGUCUCUCGUCAGCUGUGGAAUGAUGGAAAGCUUAUUAAAAAUCAUAAACUGGCCUGGAAGCGAGCUGGAACACAUAACGUUUGUAACAAGAGCAGUUCGUGUGAUAGAUUUAAUAACGAACAUAGAUAUGCAAGGAUUUCAAGCACACGGUGGCCUACAAAGCUUCAUUAAUCGACUCGAUAUGGAGGUGAACAUUUGCAGAAAGGAGCAACCGUUUGAAAUAGAACCGUCGCAUUACCAGGACAGCCCGCAGAUUGCUCGCGAACGAUCUAUAGAUCGCGAGGAGAAUCCUGCGACCUCCCGUCGCAUGAACGAAGCGUUCGACGAACGCGAGGAAUCCUCUAAUCCUCCUAUGGAGUUUUCCGAAGACGAAAAUAUGAGCUCUAAAGCGGACGAGAAAAACGAACAGAUACCAGAUUAUUCGGCGUUGAAGACUGGAAAGACCUGUCUGCCUCAACGUGCUGCGGUUUUAAAAUCAAUGUUAAAUUUUACAAAGAAAAUUAUUCAAGACCCAGCUUUUUCCGACAGCAUCAGACACGUUAUGGAAGGCACUUUACCUUCUUCUUUGAAACAUAUUAUUAGCAAUUCAGAGUAUUACGGGCCUUCUCUGUUCCUUCUCGCGACGGACGUCGUAACCGUAUACGUCUUUCAAGAGCCUUCUUUGUUGUCGUCUCUUCAAGACAACGGAUUGACCGACGUUGUGUUACACGCUUUGCUCAUUAAAGAGAUUCCAGCCAGUAGGGAAGUUCUGGGAUCGUUGCCUAACGUGUUCAGUGCCCUGUGCUUAAAUCAACGAGGUCUGGAGUCAUUCGUGAAGCGACGCCCGUUCGAGCGCUUAUUCAAAGUACUGUUAUCACCGAUGUAUCUUCCCGCGAUGAAACGACGUCGGAGCACGGAUCCUUUGGGCGACACGGCUUCGAACCUGGGCAACGCGAUGGACGAAUUGAUGAGACAUCAGCCGAGCUUGAAAGUCGACGCGAUCGCCGCGGUUAUAAAGCUGUUGGAAGAGCUCUGCGUGAUGGGCUGCGAUCCACGUUACAUCUGCUUGCAAGCCGAGGAUAAAUUCGACAGUUCGCAGUCGAAUUCGAAUUCGGGGAGUCGCCAAUCCUCUGGACAGUCCGUUGGAGUUGGUGUGGGAGAUUCGGGUGGAGGAGGAGGCGGCGGAGGUGGAAGUAGCAGCGACGAGGAGGAAGACGACGAAGAGGAAGCCAGUACGAGCUCUCACACCCAACGCGAAGAACAGUCUUCUUCGUCCUCCGCCCAAUCUGGUCCACCACCUCAACCUAGGGAAAAAACACCGAUAGCUUUGAUGGAAUAUAUACAGAAUGUUACAAAGUUCGUUGAUGCUAUUCUCAGCAAUAAUUCAACGGACGAUCACUGCAGAGAAUUCGUUGCCCAAAAGGGCCUCGUACCCCUAUUGUCAAUUCUUGGACUGCCCAAUCUUCCAGUGGAUUAUUCAGUCGCCCAGACAGCUCAGGCUGUGGCUUCAGUUUGUAAAAGUAUCUUGAAUCUUGCCCGCGAACCGCUGGUCUUGAAAACUGGCCUGUCUCAAUUAAACGAGGUUUUAAAUUUAUUGAAACCAUUGUACAAUUACAUGGAAGCUCCAGGAGGAUCUGUUCUAUUGCACGAACUCGUUUCUGCUCCGAAUUUGGAGACAGCUUUUACCAGCGACACAGCGACACCUUUGCUUCACGCUAUGAACGCCGCUUAUGGCUACAUAAUAAUGUUCGCUCAGGUGUGCCGCACCAGUCAAAGCGAGAUCAGAAAUUUAGCCAUGAACCACUGGGGAUCAGAGCUGGGUCUCACGGUUUUGAAAGGUCUCUCAGAGUUGUAUACAGCUCUGAUUUGGGAGAGCACAGCGUUGUUGGCGCUCACGACAGAAGAUUUUAUCCCAUCUGGAUGUGAUUUUGGAAAGGAAGAUAUGGAUAAACUGGUGCCACCUGAAUCGAAGACCGAGGGAGAGAGUUCUGGUUGGUCCGGCGCUGCAUCCUCAGAUAUGGGAAGCAACGGAAUGACGACAGCUAUGGAAGCUCUGAGCACAGAUCCACCGCCAGUCCCUAUGGAGGUGGACGAGAAACCAAAUCCUACUACAACUGGAAGGGCAUCUCCGAGUUCUCAUCGAUUCGCGUAUCCUAAACACUUGUUGGGACUCACGUCUAAAAUGGGCAGAGCAUUGGCUGAACUGUUCGCUAUUCUCGUAAAGCUUUGCAUGGGUUCCCCGCUCAGGCAACGCAGGGGACAACAGAUGUCUUUGAUACCGGCUCUUCCUUCGCAAGCAGCGAGGAGUGUAGCGACUGCGUUGAAUUACGUACUGAUUCGUGGAUUAUCAUGGGACAAGUUACCACCGUCAACAGUGCCGAAACUUCAAGUGACCUUCUUGAUGUGCACCCUCAGCUUUGUACCCCCUGCGUUGUUCGAUGAGAAAGGUUAUCCGUUUCACCUGAUGCUCCAGAAAUUUGUUAAAUUAGGCGGACAAAAUGCGUUCUUUGCUGCUUUCCAUUGGGUACUAUCAGGAGGAGGGCAAUUUCCCUUAGCCGAAGGAUUGGAACAUCCAAACUUACCUGAUUGCACUGGAGAAUUCUUAGACGGUUGGCUGAUGAUCUUAGAGAAAAUGGUGAAUCCCAAAACUUUGCUAGAUUCACCUUACGUUGUUUCUCUAAAAUGCACCGGAAUAUAUAAAGUGUACGAAACAUUCGACCCGAUCAAAUAUCUUACCGAAAUACACAAAGAGGCUUUCGAAGCAGUGAUGCUAAUGUGGGGAAAGAAACCAUUGAAAAGCUAUGGUGCCCACAUGACAGAAUUAAUCCUAUCCAUUUUACGGCACAUUUUAAGAAGCGAACAGAUCAUCAAGGAACACGCUCAGAAAGAAGAAAAUACCGAAGCAGCGAUCUCUGGUAGCACCAGUGGAACCAGUGGAAUUGCAAGAGCUGGAACGAUAUCCGACAGAGAGGAACUGGAACCGGACGUGAAUCCAGAACAUCUUAGACAACUGAUGGAUAUGGGCUUCAGCAGGGCUCAUUGCAUAGAAGCAUUGCUCCAUACCUUAACCGUUGAACAAGCCACAGAUUACCUUCUGACUAAUCCUGCCACCUUACGCAGAUCGGAUGUCCCAGCAGGCGAUGCGAGCGGACAAGACCUGAUAAUGGACCUGGAAUUGGUAGACGACGAUCAGAUAAUGCACGCUAUAGCGAUGUCUCUUGGAGAAACGGAAACGAAGAAAGUAUUCGGUUCGGAAGAACCAACUCGCGAGACUACCAUAACGGAAAGCAUAGACGAAUUCACUCGCAGUGCUUUGACUCAGUGUUUGAACCUAUUGGACCUCAUGCCUGAUACUGUAUACAGAAUCUGCGACCUACUAGUCGCCAUUGCUAAGAGAAACGGUGACGAAUGGCGCGAUAACAUGCUGCGACAACUGAUGAAGGAAAUAGGCAGUCUGAUAGAUUAUCUGAUUGGGAUCGCUGAGAGUCAAGAUCCAAGUGCUGGCGCGCGACUGGUAGAAUGCGAGGAGGCUAACAAAGUUACUGGACGCAUCUAUCUGUACACCAUGUUCUUCGAGGGAACGUUCCAAGAGAUGCGAGUACCGUGCGCUCAGAUUGUAGAGGAAUAUGCUAUCUUGAACAAACUAGUGCGUUUGUUGGUGUUGAGCGAGGGUCCACUGACGGCGAAUAAAAAUAGAAUCAUCAAAGAGGGUAACAAAGACACACCUGCUGCGAAGACACCUAAAUGGUUGGCACCUUUGUUGCUGCUUAUUGAACGUCUGGAGAAAGUAGCGAUAUUAAAGAAACGAAAGGAGUUCAUGUAUAAAAUAACAAACAGAAUGUGGAAGUGGUUCGAUCUGAGUACAGGAAGGUGGACAUGGUAUUCAUCUGUGAACAAUAGGAUCAUCAAUGAUGCAUAUUGGGCUGGAGAAUCCAGUACCAGGGUAACGUGCAACAAACGAAGAUACGUGAUCAACUUUUCUUCCAUGACUCAAGUGAACGAGGAAAGCGACAACAGGAGACCCAUAACCAUGGGCUUUAAAUUACACAUGGGUAACGAAGAUGGUGGUUCCGGGUCCGACACCAACAUGGACACCGAUGAAAAUCGAAUAGACGAUAAAAGGAAUACUGUUCUCCAAGGAUUGGACCCCAGCAUGGCUCCAGGCAUAAUACGCGCCUGUGUCAAAUUAAUGGCCAUUCCUGUCGACCGAGAUGCCUUGCACGCCUCUAUGAAAGUGUGUCUGCGGUUCACCAGGGAUUACGAGAACGCGGAGAUAUUCGUUCGCGAGGGCGGUGUGAAGCUUCUGUUAGAGAUGGCCGAAUCGAGUAGCUUCGCUGGUUGCAUCAAUCUAUGCACCCUUCUGAUACGCCACGCUUUGGAGGAGCCGAGGACCCUUCGCCAGACCAUGGAGAAGGUGAUCCGCAGUCGCACCCAGGGUAACAUACCACCGGCGUGCAAGGAGAUCCUCUUCAUGACUCGCCAGAUCAACAGCGCUGUCUGUCGCAACCCGGAGGUUUACAGAGAGGUCUGUGCCAACAUUCUAAGAGUCGACAUUAGCUUGUUGAGGAAAGAGGAUGGUGAUAACAGGUUGAUAGUAAAGGCUCUUCCACCCAGCCAUACAUUAGCCUUGCCCAUGGUGGAAGAAGCCUCCAUAUCCGUGGUCAAGGAUCUCCUGAACGCUCUUAUAAAACCAACGCCGGUCACCUCGGACGAUAAAUCCUCCACGCCCACCAGAAGCCCGGAGAAGAAGGCGUCUUACUUAAAUUCCACCGUGGAAACCUCUCGACGAGAUGUCCUGAGGAACAAUGCUACUACAACGAAUGACACUCUCGACGAGGACGAUCAAGUCUCUCAGAUAAUCCCUAUGAAGAUCUACCCAGAAACCAGCGGUGUCGCUAAAGCCGAGCCAGAGGAGGCAAAGAAACCUCUGCUGGCGAAGUCUGCUAUUCUGAAGAUACUUGCCGAGGCUGUUCGUUCGUACAGCGCGGUGGCGGGUUUGAUUACAGAGCACAUGUACAGAGCAGGGCAAAGUGAAAUGGUUACAGAGGACACCACAGCUCUUGCCUUUCUCCUGGACAAACUUUUACCCAUGUUGCCAGAGAAUUCCAACGAUAAACAGUACAACAUGGCGAGGAUGCUGAUAGCUGCGAUCGCCUCUUGCAAUCAUUCUCCGGAUGCUCAAACAAUUCUGGUCACCGAGGUGAAGGCAGCCUUGACGAGAACCUUGGCUCUUCCUGAGAGCUCUGAGAAACAUGCCCAGCUGCAAUUAUUGAUCGGUUUGAUCUCCACCAUGAUUGAUAGCUGUCCACCGACUCCCCAUAAUCCAUUGAGAGCUUCCUUAAAGGUGCAGCAGUGCAACAAUGUCAAUUACAUUGUCAGAAUCAUGUUGAGGAAGGGGAUAAUAACUGAUCUGGCAAAGAUCCCUCAUAGUCUUGACUUAUCCAGUCCUAACAUGGCUGGUACCAUUAAUGCUGCUUUGAAACCACUCGAGACGCUUUCUCGAAUCAUAAACCAACCAAUGCCUGGUGCUGUUAACAAUAAAUACUCAAAACCGAAAAGCAGGACCGUUCAAGAAGAGCCUAUUGGCGAACAGACAGGAACCACUACGUCGGAGGCGACGCAUGCGGUCGGCGAGGAGACAAACGAGGACGCUGAAAACACGGAACACGAUAUAUCCGUCACUGCUGAGAGCCUCGAGCCUACGUCCGAGAGCCAGGUGCACGAGGAGGCUGUUCUCGAGGACAUCAUGGAUCAGCUUCUCGAAAGUGUACUGUUUUCCAGGGACGGAUCUGGCGUGGCGGAGGACCAGUCCUCGCGGCCUCACAGACCCAUGGACAUCGACGACGAAAGUCUCGCGAUACGGGACGGGGAGGCUGAUUUCGACCCGACGCGGGACGCAACGAUAAGAGAGGAUCUUCUGAGCUCCGACUCGGACUCGGACAGCAAUCCAUCCGACGACAACGAGGACGAGGUACAGGACGACGAGGACGAGGAGGAGGAGGAGGAGGACGACGGCGAAGAGAACGAGGAGGAAGAGGAAGAGGAGGAGGAGGAAUCGUCGAAUUACGAGGAGGAUGGGAUCGAAUUUUACGAGGAUGUCGGCGAAAGCGGUGUAUUCCGUAUGUUCCCGUCGACCGAGCGUGAGGGUAGCAAUGUCGUGAUGAUUCGGCACAAUAUUGAUAAUCAGGACAAUGUAAAUACAUCCGCUACGGUAACACCGCGAUCUAGCCUUCCGUGGAAUACAACGUUUCCUUUACCUUUGGGCCUGUUCGAGGACCCCCCCUCGGUAUCCGAGAGCAGCGGUAUUAAUUCCCAUCCACUGUUAACACCACAGGGCGGUUUGGACGCCGGCGGUACGAGGGCUCAGAGGGCUCUGCGGCCGCGUAGGUAUCAGUACCUUCAGAUACCGAAUUCGCGGAACCCGAAUCCACCGGUAAUACUGCAGAGACUUCUAGGACCAGCUGCCCAAGCGCUUCCUUUAUCCGCCAGCCAGGUUCUGGCAUCCAGUUUCCGGGACACCCGCGUCGUCCUGAUGGACAACGGUCUUGGAAUAUUAACGAACCAAGAAGAGGAACAAAUAGACCUUGUGGAUCAGUCUGGUUAUCUACUGGGACCCAGCCUAGCAGCCACCUUAAACAGUACCCCGACCGCUUUACAUUGGUGGAUAGAGGAGAGCAAAUUACUGGAUGGAGAUUCUCAGACGGACUGCUGCAUGGGCGUUGUGUACAAACUGAUCCCCGGAUUGGAGAAGUAUAGGAAUGCUGAACUAGCUGAACGAAGGGAGAGACGUAAGAAGCAGCACGCUUCUGAGAAGAAGAACGAGAAGGAUGGGAAGGAGGGGAAGGAUCAUUUGAAUAACACAGAGUCUGGCUCGUCCACCGUGAUACCCAUGGAAGAACAGAUAUCAACCGCAUCGACGUCCCAAAGAGAGGACAUAACCGACUUCGUUCCCAGAUUCGAAACUUGCGUCGAAACGACUCGACCUGAACGCACACCGGACGAGGAUAUAAUCGACGUAACCGGAGAGAUGGACGCGACUGUUCAAGAGGACGAGGAGCGAUCGCCUCCCCCGCCCCCCGAGGAACAGCCCUCAGAACCUAGAGACCCUCGAAUAACUAACAGAAACCCAACUUUGGAACUUGCCGAAAGUAUAGUCGAUUCUGUGCUUGGACCGUGCGCUUCUGUAGCGAGUAGACUGAGACAGUCCGAACGCAUCGUUGAAGGAUCCAACACGAACGAUACGUCCAAUCGUUCCAACACCUCCAUAGUGGUAGAUUUCAGUCAAGAGGCUAACGAGGACUUGUUGAGAGAAAUCGAUUGCUCCGAAUGGAUCCGAAUUUUCACCGACGACAGUCAGUCGAACGUCGAACGAAACGCUAACGUGGUGAAUCAAGAUCCAACCACUUCCACGUCGGGCACUGUUAACGCAGAGGCGUCGGAACAACCGCAGCAGUCCCAGGAGCAAGCUCAACAGCAACCGGAACAAGCACAGCAGUCGCAGGAACAGCCACCGCCGCAGCAACAACAGCAACAGCAACAGGUCCAGCAACCGUCUCAAGAACAGCAAUUGCCGGAUGGAGUGGAUCCAUCGUUCCUAGCUGCGUUGCCAGAAGACAUGAGGGACGAAGUUAUAGCUGAACAGCUGAGACUUCAACGAAUCAGGCAACGGGCGCAGGCGACAGUAGUUGAAGAAUUAACAGGACCCGUGGAAGUGAAUCCCGAAUUUCUUGCCGCUUUACCUCCGGCCAUUCAAGAGGAGGUUCUCGCCCAGCAACGCUUGGAGCAACAACGACACGCGGCUGCGAGCGCGAACCCUGAGGAUCCGGUUGACGCGGCCGCGUUCUUCCAGAAUCUACAGCCUGCUCUUCGACAGGCGAUUCUGACCGACAUGGAGGAAUCGCAGAUAUCGGUCCUUCCGCCGGAUCUAGCUCAGGAGGCUCAGAAUCUUCGCAGGGAAUGGGAGGCGAGGAACAGGCACAUAAUGCAGGAAAGAUUCCUCAAUCAUGUUAGCCAAGGGAACACCACCUUGUCCAGUAUAUUGAGGACCUCCGGUAGGCGUACAGGGGGUGGUACUCGUUUCGCGAUUCACACGGUAGCGCAGAGAGGGCAGUGGGAGCCGUGGAACACCCGUUUCGAUUCUGGUAUAACGCAUCAAGGAGCCAGUCUGAGACUCAGAGGCAGGCAGUUGUUGGAUCACGAAUCCAUGGCCUGUGUGUUGGUGUUGUUGUUUGUCGAUGAACCGAAAAUUAACACUCUCAGGCUCCAUAGGGUUAUCAGGAAUCUUUGCUAUCAUGGCAGCACUAGGGAGUGGGUGGUCAGAGCAUUGCUGAGUAUCAUGGAAAGAAGUAACGAUGAGAACAAAGACAUAGCCAUGGACUUUGGUGGGAAAUUUAGAAGGAAAAGCUUGGUACCUAUGAUGCACCACGAUUAUUGUGCUCCUAAAAUUUUUGACCAAAGAAGUAAUGCACAAUCAUGGUUGAACAUUAGCAUUGAUGCUGCAUUAGGAUGCAGAGCAAAUGUUUUCCACAUUGUAAGACACGGUGGUAAGAAAUCAGAGAGACAAGGUAGUAGUAUUGCCAUUCAUCCUCAGGCAGCGCCCACAGUAUGCAGACAUACAUUGGAGCUGCUGAUAUCGUUGGCUAAAGGCUUUCCCGGUUAUUUUGUGCCAAUCAAAUCUAAGGAAUCAGACGAGAAAGAAAGUAACAAGGACAAAGACUCGUGUAACAAAGAGGAGGCUGGUUCGAAGAGUAAAUCCACGUCCAAACCAGGGAAAAGCGAUCAGCCAGAUUUCUGGGACAUGCUGUUGAAACUAGACUCGUGUGCCUCGAAGAAAGGAAAGUCUGUCGCUAGAUCGCAUUCGAAUACGAAUUUAGGAAACGAUUCCGAGCACAGUAUGACUACCUUCGAAUCGUCCGCAUUCGGUCAAUUAAUAUCCAUGUUGAAUUGGUCCGUUAUUAAACGCAGCAGUCAAUUAACGGAUAAACUUUUGAGACUGCUAUCACUGAUCUCCAUUGGACUGACAGAAGUGAAUCCUUACUGUAGACAGGAAGGAAAUAAGAACAAGAGGAUGGAGAUGAACAAAGAACAGAGCAUCGCUGCUCCUGAGGAACAUCUCAGAUUGGCUGUUCAAGUUUUAACCAGCAAGAGUUGUUCAGAGGAAGGGUUGGAGGAUGCAACUGCUUUGUUGCUCAAUUUGUCUUACUGUCCUGAUCCUACUAAACAAUUAAUACUGAAAUUAUUAUUGGAAGGCGCUAUGGAAUUGGCCAAUGUCGUUUGCGAGCAUAUAAAGGAUCUAAUGAUGGAGUUGAAGGUCUUGAAUCGUGAACUUAGACGAAAUUCUAUGGAGGAACAACCUUCGACCAGCAGCGGUGGUUCCCGAGGAAUUCUUUUAGAUAGGUUUACAAACGAGAGCGUAGUGGUCACUGCUCCGAGUAAAGUUAAAGCUGGAAGUGAUCUUCAGUUACCAUCCAUGGCUGCCCUUGUUAGCAAAACUUCUAGUCAGGCAUUCUUCUUAAGAAUACUUAAAGUGAUCGUACAAAUAAGGGAAGCUGUGCGCUUAGCGAAUAAUAAAAAGACAGCUAACCAAACUUCAGAAAGUUCUGUAGAUACUGGAAACACUAAUCAAUCUUCAGAAGGAGGCGAAGAAAAGCUUCCAUUAUUAAGUGAAAGUUUAGUACUGGAUCAUUUGUGGGAGACACUUAGCGCCUGUUUAUUGGAAUUGGAAUACACUCCAGAUCAUCAUGCAGUUCUAGUUCUGCAGCCCGCGGUAGAAGCAUUUUUCUUGGUUCAUUCAUCAUCGAGUAUUUCUCGUGAUCGUCAGAUAAAUACAAAUGCAGACAACAGGGAGGUUAUUCCCGAUCUAGCACCAGUUUCACCUAUAUACUCAGACAACGAAGGUACAUCCCAAUCUGAGGCUACUAUUAACACUUCAUGGGAUAUGACACCUCCGCCACAGAAGACUCUUCCACCGGACCAGCUUAAGUUCCUCAAAUUUGCCGAAACGCACAGAACUGUCCUAAACCAAAUCCUUCGCCAAACCACCACGCAUUUAGCGGAUGGACCAUUCUCUGUGUUAGUGGAUCACACCAGAGUUCUCGACUUCGACGUAAAGAGACGAUACUUCCGUACAGAGUUGGAACGAAUGGAUGAAGGCAUUCGUAGGGAGGAAUUAGCAGUGCAUGUUCGUAGGAGUCAUGUGUUCGAAGAUUCAUUCCGGCAACUUCAUAGGCGAAAUGCUGACGAGUGGAAGAAUCGGUUCUACAUCGUCUUUGAAGGUGAGGAAGGUCAAGACGCUGGAGGAUUACUCAGAGAAUGGUACGUCAUCAUUUCCAGAGAAAUUUUCAACCCUAUGUAUGCUCUGUUCACUGUGAGCCCCGGCGAUCGUGUAACAUAUAUGAUAAACUCUUCUUCGCACUGCAACCCUAACCACUUAUGUUACUACAAAUUUGUCGGUCGAGUUAUUGCUAAAGCAAUCUACGACAACAAACUUCUAGAAUGUUACUUUACGCGUAGUUUUUAUAAACAUAUUCUGGGAAUAUUGGUAAAACAUACCGAUAUGGAAAGCGAAGACUAUAGCUUUUACAAAGGUCUUGUAUAUCUCACUGAGCACAACAUCGCUGAUCUUGGAUACGAAUUAACGUUUUCCACAGAGGUUAAUGAAUUUGGUGUUAAUGAUGUACGAGAUUUAAUACCAAACGGACGUAACAUCGUCGUCACCGAAGAAACGAAACUAGAAUACAUUCGGCUCGUUUGUCAAAUGAAAAUGACCGGAGCUAUUCGUAAACAGUUAAACGCGUUCCUAGAAGGUUUUUACGAUAUUAUUCCGAAACGACUGAUCUCUAUAUUCAAUGAACAAGAACUUGAGUUGUUAAUUAGUGGGUUACCUAAUGUAGAUAUCGAAGAUCUUAAGGCCAAUACUGAAUAUCAUAAGUAUAGCGCAAACUCUCUACAAAUCCAGUGGUUCUGGCGGGCAUUACGUGGUUUUGAUCAGGCAGACAGAGCUAAAUUUUUACAAUUCGUUACCGGAACUUCAAAAGUACCGCUGCAAGGUUUCGCUGCUUUAGAAGGAAUGAAUGGUAUACAGAAAUUCCAAAUUCACCGUGAAGAUAGAUCUACAGACAGACUUCCCUCGGCACACACAUGUUUCAAUCAACUGGAUCUACCCGUUUACGAAACGUACGACAAGCUUCGCACGAAUUUGUUAAAAGCGAUCCACGAAUGUAGCGAAGGAUUUGGUUUCGCCUAAAUUUCUGCAAAGUUGAGCAGUUUGCAUAAUUUUGCAUGAAAAAUCUAAGAGCGAAGGGAAAAACAGAGGGAAUCAUGAAGAACACAGAGGAAAGAAUUAAAAUCCAGAGAAAUGAUUGUAAAAGUGUCGAUAAGAAUAAUGUUUUUGAUCUUCGCUCAAGAUCUAGUAUAUAAAUGUUUACUCCGCUAUAUACAUAUUAAAACUAAAAGCGUAUGUAUAUACGUAAAAUUAACGAUGUAAUUACCGAUUACCGUCGCUAGAGUUUAUUUUGUUGAACGAUCAUAAAAAAAAAAGAGGAAGACGCAGAGCUUAACGAUAAUUUCCGAUGAAAGGAAAAGAAAACUUAAUCGGACACUUUAGUUAAGGUCCCUAAACGGUUAAGAAAAAUAACAUAUAAAGAUUCAAUGUAAUUCAUCCUUAAGAGAACGCAGCGGGCUGAAAUAAAACAUGUAAUAUAAUUGCGACUCGAAGCUGCUCUCCUCUUUGAACAAAUUCGAAAAGAGAAAAAAAAAAAGAAACAAAUUAUUGCCGAGACGGAAAAGCAGAUGGAAGUGUGCCUGUUAUUUCCGAGUAUGUGUUUAUUUCCUUAUAUUAUGCGUGGCAGGAAAAAAGAAAAGAUAAAACAGCAAGCAACCUAGAAUACGUGAAGAAACCUUGUGUAAACGUGUUGAAAUGUAUUGUAUGGAAGCGCGAAUACGUGUUGUAUGUAUAUGUACGAAUGAUAGAGAAAGUAAUAUUAUUCAAGAACCGAUUAGACACGAGCCUAAAUACGAGAAAAAAAAACAUUUCACAAUGUUAUAUCCUUAACGCCCGCAAGAAAAAGAAAAAAUAACGUAUGGUUGUACACUAUUAGUAUUAAUAUAUUAUCUAAUUCUUAACCGAUAGUAAUAAUCAUUAAUUAAUAUCUUUUUAAUAUUAAUCAUUUAAGAAAUGUGAUGUUAAAAAGGAAGUCAUGUAACAUUUUUCCUUUUUUUCUUUUUUUCCUACAGAUAUAGGAUAGCGCAAAGUCACGUCCAAACUCAUCGGCCCGAUAUCCCUGAACUUCCUUUAAUAAAUUUCAAUCUACUUUUGUUCCGGAAAUGAAAUUCUUAAUCGAACGGAUGUUAAUUUUGUAAACACAUCGAAUGGGACAAUAUACGUUGACAAAAAAGCAUA